CUUCAUCGCGCUUCCGUGUGUGCUCGGAUCAUCUUUUCCACUGUUCCAGAGUCAGUUUAUCGGAUGUCAAUGUACACACAUUGAUCCUAAAUUCCUGGUGAAGAGCUGAUUCCUAUUCAGGUAAUCAGCAUCCGGGAUCAUGUGACAAUCAAGUGAUUCGCGGCCCGGAUGUCCUCAUAACUCUGAGCUCUACUGUUUGAGGAAACUAGUGCUUUCAGAGUUUUAACAUUUAUUUAAACAUUUAAAAAUGCCCUCUGACCCUCCCAAAUUAGAAGCUGCGGUCAUUAAUAGUAAACGGCUCCAAAUCGUGAAAGAAACGUUCGAACUCAAGUAUGGAGGAGCACCUCUCUUCUACGCAUGUGCACCAGGAAGAGUCAAUCUCAUAGGCGAGCAUAUUGAUUACUGCGGCUACUCUGUUCUUCCAAUGGCUAUUGAACAGAAUAUCCUUGUGGCCGUCUCAAUGAACAAGUCGGAGACAAUCCAGCUGACCAACACAAAUACAGCAUACGAGGACGCCACAGUGUCGUGCUCGGGGGAUAUAGCCAUUGAUAGAGCUAACCCAAAGUGGUUUUAUUAUUUCCUCUGUGGCGUUAAAGGCAUUCAGGAGAAGUUUGGCAUUCCACAUUUAGCGGGAAUGUCAUGUGUUGUGGACGGAAACGUUCCACCAAGCUCCGGCCUGUCCAGUUCGAGUGCCUUAGUGUGUUGUGCUGGGCUGGCAACGAUGGAGGCAAAUAAGAAGUCCCUCUCCAAAGUGGCUCUUGCAGAGAUAUGUGCCAAAAGUGAGCGCUACGUCGGAACAGAGGGAGGAGGAAUGGACCAGUCCAUAUCAUUCCUGGCAGAAAAAGGAAGUGCAAAGCUGAUUGAGUUUGAGCCUUUGAGAGCCACUGAUGUCAAACUCCCAGACGGUGCUGUGUUUGUCAUUUCCAACUGCUGUGUCCACAUGAAUAAAGCCGCCUCUUCUCAUUACAACAUCCGUGUGGUCGAGUGUCGGAUAGCGACUAAGAUGCUGGCCCAUGCGCGGGGGUUGAGAUCCAACGGCUUGUUGAAGCUGGCGCAGGUGCAGACGGAGCUCCGAGCAUCUCUGGAGGACAUGGUGUCUCUGGUGGAUGAGGUUCUGCAUCCUGAGCCGUACAGCCGUGAGGAGAUCUGCAAGGUUCUGGCCAUCACCUCCGAGCAGUUUUCCAGCGAGCUGCUGAGUGCCAACACUCAAGAUGUGAAACAUUUCAAGCUGCACCAGAGAGCUAAGCACGUUUACGGAGAAGCAGCACGUGUUCUGCGCUUCAAGGGAGUGUGUGAUUCUGGACCCGCUGAGUCCAUCCAGCUCCUGGGAGACCUGAUGAACCAGAGCCAUGCUAGCUGCAGAGACCUGUAUGAGUGCAGCUGCCCUGAACUGGACCAACUGGUGGAAAUCUGCCUGAAGUCCGGAGCCGUGGGCUCUCGGCUGACGGGGGCAGGCUGGGGGGGCUGUGCUGUGUCCAUGGUUCCAAGUGACAAAGUCCAGUCUUUCCAGCGAGCAGUGAGGGAAGCCUACUACCUGCCUGAUUCAUGUCGAGCAGCCAUGGAGAAACACAGUUUGUUUGUAUCGAAGCCUGGAGGCGGAGCUGCAAUUUAUCUUCAAGAAUGAUCUGUAUUGUUGGAGACGGGUGGUCCAAGGACAUUACACAUUCAUUCACGCUCAUAAAAAGAUGCGUAUGAAAAGAAUACAUGAAUGAAGGCUUGUCUUCUUCUCCCAGAUGUCCUCGUAACAGCGCACAGAAUCCAUGACCCCUUAUAGCGCUAGCACUAGCACUCCAGCCAGUCUCAUGUUUAUGCACCAAUAUUAACUUCAUAAUUCAUUUACAGGAGCACUUUUUGCUCCGUCUUGCUACUCUUUAUUAGUACAAUGAAGUGGAUUAUCUUUCAAUUGUUGGGGUAAAUGCUUCGGUAAUUGAUAAACCAGUUGCUAUUACACAUAUUCACCAGAAGGGUGUGCUAUUCACCAACCACACGGAGUUAACGUGUGCCGUAGAAUAAACAGCAUCAUCUGAUAUUUGCGCAUUUUUUUAUAAAGUUCUCAACAGCCAUUUUAA